GUCGCCUGGGGGUCGCUGUCCCUUUAAGCUGCCCGGCACGGAGGCGGGGCCGAGCCUCGCGGGCCGGAUGCUGGGAGCGUGCGUCACUUCCUCCCGGAAGCGGGUCUGGAUGGAUGUCUACUGCGCGUUCGUGUGCGGGGCUGAGGGCCGCGGUGGCGACCGGCAUGGGGCUGAGCGACGGGCCAGCGGGGUCUGGCCGCAGCUGCCGCCUUCUACGCCCUCCCGCGCCCGCUCCGGUGGUGCCAGGGGCUCGGCUGCUGCGGCUUCCGGAGAGCGGGGCCGUGCAGGCCGCAAGCCCCGAGCGCUCCGGUUGGACCGAGGCGCUGCGGGCCGCCGUGGCCGAGCUGCGUGCCGGCGCCGUGGUGGCGGUCCCAACUGACACGCUCUAUGGUCUGGCCUGCUCGGCGAGUUGCUCGGCGGCCCUGGGCCGCGUGUAUCGCCUCAAGGGCCGCAGUGAGGUUAAGCCGCUGGCCGUGUGCCUGGGCCGCGUGGCCGACGUCUACAGGUACUGUCAGGUGAGGGUACCCAAGGAGCUCCUGGAAGACCUCUUACCUGGACCAGUGACUCUGGUGAUGGAACGCGCAGAGAAGCUCAACAAAGACCUCAACCCCUUUACUCCUCUUGUUGGCAUCCGGAUUCCUGACCAUGCCUUCAUGCAGAACUUGGCCCAAAUGUUUGGGGGACCGCUUGCACUCACAAGUGCCAACCUCAGCUCCCAGGCCAGUUCUUUGACUGUUGAGGAGUUCCAAGACCUCUGGCCUCAUUUGUCCCUGAUCAUUGAUGGGGGACCAAUUGGGGAUAGUAAAAGCCCAGAGUGUCGCCUCGGCUCUACCGUGGUUGAUUUAUCUGUGCCUGGAAAGUUUUGCGUUAUUCGUCCGGGCUGCGCCCUGGAAAAUACCACAGCCAUUCUCCAGCAGAAGUAUGGGCUGCUCCCUUCUCAGGGCUCCUUUAAAUGAGACUUGGGAGGACCCAAGGACUGUGCUGGAUACCAUGUGUCUGCAACUGGUUGGCAAGGCCUCAUUGGCAGAGGCUCCUGGAGCUACAUCUGUGGUUGAGCUUUUUAGGCAGCAUCCCUGUCUCUGAACAGAUUGAGCCUUGGACCUGGGGGGUGGUUAUAUUUACUAUAUAGAUUGAAAUAUCAACCAAAAGUUGAACAGAAGUAAGAAUGGUCUUAGAGGGGCCUUAUUAUUUUAAGAGCCCACCCCUUAAAUUAAGUACCUUGAGUACAGAAUUAGAAUGCAUUAAGAGCUGCUUUCUGGUGGGCGGUGGUACUUGAUGUCAAACCAGGCGGAAGCACUAGUGGAGUCUGGAAGUCUCAGGACCAGGGCAGGAAAAUCUAGGGCUCAGGCCAAAGCUUUCUGGGUAACAGAGAGGUCGUUUUCGGGAAAUUGUUCUAGAGGGUCCCAACUGAAAUAAUAUUGGAAAAUAAAAUCUUGUCUUUUUCA